AUCUCGAACGUGCGACGCGUUAAGUUUAUUAAUUAAAAUCGUAACGUUUUAAAAGUGUUGAAAGGAAAAUCUAAAAAAAAAUAAAAUAAAAGUAUAUUAAAAUCUUUUAAAAAAAAACCUCCAGAGAAAAAAAACAUAUAAACCUGAGAAAAAAAAAUUAAAAAAAAGGAAUAAAAAAUUUAUAGUUAAACAAAAAGUUUAAAGUGUAAUAAAUAAUUUGUUAACAAAAUCAGCAUCAAUUUUACUUAAAUUAAUAAUAAAACAAAAAUAAAAUUUAUCUCAAUUUAACAUACAUACUACAUAUUAAGUUAAUGUAAGUGUCUGUAAUAAUAAAAAAAAAAAAUUUAAGGGUUUUUUUAUCAGCUAACAUUAAACCCUACUUCACUCUAUAACAGGGUGUCUGCAUAAGAAUCACACAAAUACAUAUAUACAUUUAGCAAAAGUAAAACAACAAUUUUCUCAUAUUUAUCCCCCCCCGCAAAAAAAAGUAAGAAAUAAAAUUUAUUUACGCAGUAUCACCAGCUGCAGAAUAACAAAAAAAGUAUCAUUGUGGUUCAAAAGUAUAUUUCUGAGGAUAACAACUAAAAAAAAAAAGAUUUUUUUUCUUCUUUUGGCUUCGACAUCAACAACUACUACAACGAAAAGGGUUCACUUUUAAAUACCACCAGCUUUUUGCAGAAUAACAACAAGAGCAAAAAAUUGUAAGAAGGAAAAAAUUAAACACCCACACCAAAAUCACUUUAAUAUUUACGAAUUUUGUGUUACAAAUAGACAUAUAGAUACAGUUUUGCAUACACACAGACAAGUUUUGCUUACAUUUGACAAUUCUAUAUCAAAGGCAUUGCCAUCACCAGCACCACCACCACGAGCAACAUCGUCAUCACCAGCAUCAUCAGCAACACCACCACCAACAUUGGCAUCAGCAAAGUAGACACACACAACGCUAGAAACACCAAAUACAUCAGUUGCCACGGCUACAUCGACUACAAGCACUAACCCCCAACAACAUCAGUACUACCACUUCUACGACUAUUUGAACACUGAUUCACAACCCCCAAUAGACUUCAGCAAGGACAAGAGAUACAGAAUAGAACAGCACCACACGGCACAUUACAGCUCAGAGCUCAGCACAGCAUAGAAACAAAAUGAAACAUUACCGCCACCAUAAUCAACUUGCAACAACAACAUCAGUAUGUACAUUUAUAGUGGUGGCAUUGGCCUCAAUGCUGUCAAUGUUGCCACAUUUAGCAUACGGCACAACAGAAGUACAAGAGACACCAUUAGCUCUGCCAGUUGGUGAACAAACACAGCCGACAACAUCAUCACAGGGUGAAAUCUGGGAAGAAGAUGAUCAUGAGAUUUUAAUACGCAAUGAACGUGGCACAAAGAAUGAUGGUUUGUCUUGUCGUUAUGGAAAAAAUCCCUGGACUGAAUGUGACACUAAAACCAAUACUCGUUCAAGAACGUUGACCCUUAAAAAGGGCGAUCCAGCCUGUGAUCAGACACGAACCAUUCAAAAGAAAUGCAAGAAAGCAUGCCGUUAUGAGAAAGGCUCCUGGUCUGAAUGUGCUACUGGUCAAAUGACACGGGCUGAUAAAUUGAAGGCAACCAGCGAUCCAUCGUGUGAAGCAACACGUGUUAUUAAGAAAAACUGCAAACCAGGCAAAUCCAAGGACAAGACUGCCAAGGAACAACGUAAAAAUAAAGAUAAAGGUGCCCGCAAAGGACGUGCCUAAAUUUCAUAUUAAGUCUUUACUACAAGACACCCAGCGACAUAUUUCUGUUUUAAAAAAAAAAUAAAUUUUAAACAAAAAAGAUCAACAAGAAUAAUAAAUAAACCAAACCUUAAAAUUAUAAGUUAAACAAAAAAAAAAUAUUAUGAAUACAAAAAACAUUUAAGUAAAAUUAAGAAAACAAAUACAACUUAUACAGAAAAAAUAAGAAAUUAAACAAUUUUAAAAUAAAUAGUUGAUGUAAUAAUGAUUACUCGAAAAAAUAAUUAAUGAAAUGAAAACAAACCCCUUACCACAAAAACACAAAUAAAAAUAAUAGUUUUUAAAAUUAUUUAUAUUUAACCUAAAAAUAAACAAAAUACAUAUUUCUACUUAACCCCACUCAAAUAAUAAAAAGAAAAACUAAUUAAAACUAAACCUUUCCUUAAAAAUUUCCCUAAAUCCUUAGAAAACCCUAGAUAUUUUUUAGUUUUUUUUUUUUUAAUUUUUCCUAGACAGGAGUUAAACAACAAAAAAAAAAAAAA